GACACCUCCAUCCUGUUUGUGGUGCCUUUGGCAUUUCCCCCUCCAGCACUUCCAGUCCCCUGUGGCUUCCCCAAGCCAGCCAGCUCCAGCGCAGCCCACGGCUGGGCCAGCAUUAACACACGGUGGCCUCGGCUGAGCCGGAGCCUCCACUGAAGGCAGGAGCCUGUCCAGGGAUGGAUCAUGGCAGCUCUUCACCAGCACACACAACCACAACAGCAUAAAUCCCCGUAGUCAUUCAGAACCACGGAACAACAUUGUGUGGACAGAAAGCAAAGGACCAAGCUAACACAGCUCAUUGGGGUUCACAUCCCCGCUUCAGUAAACGGAUGCUGGAGGGGCAAGAGGGGGGAGGGACACACACCAAAACAUCCCCAGCCUCCUGGCCACAGGCCCUCUGGAUGAGCAGCAUCAGUGCCCCUGCACAGCCCCUCCUCGUGCCUCGCUCCCAGGGGCCCACCGAAAAACAGGCCUGGUACUAAGUGAUGCCCUGAACUUCCUCAGCUCCAGGAGCAAUCAAGAGAGCCAAGCGAGGCGCCUUGCCGGGAGUGGGGUCACAGCUCCCACAGCUCCAACGCCAGCACAGGGAAAGCCACUUGGUACCCCCCUCCCUGCUCAGCCCACUCCCCCCAUGCUAGAGACAGCCUGGCCCAGCAGUGCCCAUGGCCUUCGGGCGACCUCCACAUCCAUGGGGACCCCACACAAGGCAAACCCGCAAGUUCACGCCCCAAACCUCCAUCUCAGGAGAUGCAGAGUGCUCAGUGCAGGGGUCAACUGCCCUGGAUGGGGGAACCAACACCAAACUGACACAGCUGUAAAAAAAAAAACCAAACCCAAAACCAAAUUGGCAGACCUAGCACAGCUUCACAACAGUACCAGAGGCCCCCUUUUACCAAGCAAGCCAUAGCAGUUGCUUCACUUUAUUUCUCAGAAACCCAACCACAAGUGUCAGGAAUUACUAAAGGGAAAGGCUAGAGUUUUGCUUGCUUUGUGUUUUAUGCAGCUGCAACACGAUCGUCCCCUGGGAUCACCUUUCCUCCCCGCAGGCAGGUGAGGUGGAAGCCAUAGUCUCUGGGUACUGGGCAGUAACUGGAUCCUGCAGACCCAGAUACAGACGCUGCCCCGUAAGCCUCUGCCGGGGAGAAACUGCCUCUGCUGUGAACACAGACCCUGCUGCGGGGAGAACUCCCCCCACCAUGCAGGUAAGUCCUUCGGCUUGUUGCUCAGCGCAGCACGGAGGCUGGCAUGAGGCUGUUCCUCUGGGACAACAGCUUCUCUUUGGCUCCUUACCCUGCCAGCUUUCACACGGUGUCGUCAGGCCAAGCACCAACGGCUCUCCUUUGAGGACACAUUAACCUUACAGGUCCUCGUUAGCAUCUCAGGCCUUCGGUAACAGGUUAAAAACAGUCAGAAAAUAUUAAUAGCGAGUUAUUCCUCAGUAUUUGCAUGCAUGGACGUGCAGAAAGAAGCCUUCUAAACUACAGCGUGGUAAUGUCCUUCUCGCUUGGGAUCUCGCUGUACCACAAGCAGCAGGGCUGCUGAGGUUUCUAGGAGGAAGAGAGCCUUACACUAAGAAUACAAAGACCACAGUCUAAAAGUCGUGAUUGUUUUGCAUGAAUAUAUUAGAAAAACAAAGAAAAGCCUUUCUGUUCUAAUAGCAAGAGAUUUCAGUGUCCAUGUCUUCUCCUCCCCAGCUGACACUCUGCAGGCUCCGGACUCACCAGUGGUGCUUCAUUCUCUUCAAUGUCUUGCUUUUCCACAUACUGCUUUUUGGGGCGGAUUUACUGGAGGAAUACUUCCUGCGGUCAUUGCCUCUUUCUUACACUGACGCAAAGGCGCUUGAAAUCCGGGAGAGGGCCAGGAAGCUAGAUAGGGAUCCCCUGAGGGCCAACCUCUCUUACGCUGUCAGCAGUGCAGCAACAUGCUCCCAUCAAGAGAUAUUUUUGCUCAUUCUCAUCUUCAGUAGCCCAGAAAACAGGACAAGGCGCGACGCGAUCAGGCAGACAUGGGGCAACGUGACAGACACCCGAGGUUAUGCUCUCCUUGCUCUGUUUGCGUUAGGAAAGCCAGCUUCAGUAACCACCCAGCUGGAGAUCAAUGAAGAGUCUCAAAAGCACAGAGACAUUAUUGAAGGCAGUUUCAUUGAUUCUCCCGAGACGCAGACACAGAAGAUGUUGAUGAGUGUGGAGUGGGCAGUGACUUUCUGUCCCCAUGCAAGGUAUAUUCUUAAAACAGAUGAAGACAUGUUUGUCGGUAUUCCAAGUCUGGCUGGAUACCUGCUCAGCUUAACCCAGCUAGAGGACAUUUACGUUGGGAGGGUUGUUCAUCAAGGAGCGCCCGACAGAGACCCCGAAAGCCCUGGCUUCGUUCCCAUCCAUCAAUACUCACAGGAGUUUUACCCCGAUUACUGCGACGGGAGCGCUUUCGUCAUGUCCCAGGACGUCGCUCGCAAGGUGUACGUGGCCGCCACGGAGGUGCCAGUUUCAGUGCCCCCCGAUGUCUUUGUCGGAAUCUGUGCUAAAAAAGCCGGCAUCGCUCCCAUUCACAGCUCUCGAUUUUCUGGGGAGAAGCACAUCAGCUACAAUCGAUGCUGCUAUAAAUUCAUUUUCACCUCUUCCAACGUGAAAGAGGACGAGUUAUUUCAAGACUGGAAAGAAACAAACGAUGGGGAAGAUUGCUCAUUACUCGAAACUUACUACGGCCUGGUGUCCUGCAAGGUUUUGACCUAUAUUGAUAAGUUCAAACAGUUCAACUUAGACAGAAUUAAAAAUGAGGUUCUUCAUUUCACCAAUUAACUCUUCCGAAGAAAGUCUGCAUUUUCUUUUACCAGCUGUUUUAUCCUGUUAACAGCCAGUAAUAACGAUCUCCUCUCAAAGUUAGCUCUCUUCCCUCCAACAGCAAACGAAUUCUCAGUGCUCUAGUGUGGGAGUGGAUGUACUCUAGCUACCGAUCUACCUGCAAGUGCAUGCAUACAAGUUAAAAAAACCAAAAGUAUUCCAAGAAACUGUCUGUAUCCAGUCCUCUACCUUAUGCCAAAACCCCUUCUGUGUUUUUAUCUGAGUGAGGCAUCACCUACUUCCAAAUAUUUUGUAACGAAAGGGAAUCUUUCCAUCCACAAAAAGGAGCUACUUCCGAGCCGCCUGUUUAACAGUACCAGUGAAGCUACCGAACAGCUUAGAGUGGGAACAGACAUUGAACCAUCGUGGGAAUGGCUUGGGUAAACAGCCCGGGGAGGUUCUAGGCAAGAAAUCCACCCUACCUGUUGAAGGAUCCUGUAUUUCUGUCAGUCAUGGCAUCAGAGAAACACCGACACAAGCACCUCCAUGCCGUUACACACACCACAAAUCCACCAGUGUACCGGUAACACCAACCUUACUCAAAAUGCAAAAAUUCCCCAAAUUAGGAACCGGCCUCAGAACACAACCUCACCCAUGCCUGCACCCUCCGGGUUAACUCUCCCGCAUCAGCUCUUUCAGCAGCAGGAAGACUGGCCAGACAGAUCGGUUCUACGGUUGCGAGGCACGCGCGGACCUUUGCAGGUCCCACCGUGACUGAAGGGACAGGGAGGUGCGCUCCGAAGGAUCCACCGUUCGUUCUUCAGUACCACGCUACGCUGCUUGUUAACCGGGGUCAAGUGACGAGCUUUGGGUUUGGGGGGGGUUUGGUUAUUUUAUUUAUUUAUUUUUUUUUUUAAACAGAGUUCAAGUUCAGCACAUUACCUCAAUUCUCAUUUUUUCUCAAUUAUCUCCACCUGUUACUUCACGGGGGAAGGAGGACAGGGACAACAUGCUUAAAUUUUCCCACUGUACCCGACACACCAGCAGCAACAUGUAAACCACACGGCAAUACACAGGAUGGGUAGGGAACUACAUGUGAAUAAUAAGAGGUAAGCGUCUGAUCAACUAAUGGGAAUGUUGAGCUCAAAGCUCAACAAAAUAAAGCAUAUGUGCAUAUAUAAAAAAUCCCCUUGUUUGGCAUCUCUGUGUGUUCUAAAAUAUUGUAUUUGGCAAACAUACCAUGCAAAGCAGAUGCUAAAGACUUUGCACACAGAGUAGCCUUCAAAAGCAACAGCUGAAAACACACACGGGAGAGACUCAUGAAUUGCAGAAAAGGUUUAUAUAUUGAUUUCUU